AUGAUAGGAAGCAAUUUAAUGCUAUUAAGAGGCUCCCAGAGUCCACUAUCUAAAAAAUAUAUUUUGAAAUUAAUUAUCCUCAAAAGCUUUAUCUUUCCAGCACUUUGACUACUUGUGAUUUUCGGAUUUUGGGAAGCUGGGAUAUUUGGGGAUAAUAGAGUUAUGGCGUAUACUAUUUUUAUAGGCCAAAGCAGCCCUAUUACAGUUGUUGUGCUAAUGGUUGCCCAGAUGUUGAAUGCUGCAAUUGCUGAGUGCUCAGUGAUGUUUCUGUGGCAAUAUUUAGCAGCUCCUGUUUCUUUAACUUUUUUCACGUAUAUUUUCUUUCUUAUGACUUACUCCUUUUAAGUUGGAACCAAAUUUUAGGGAGAGAUUUUUUUUAAAAAAUUAUAAAAAACACAUGAAUUUUAAUGAUUAAUUAAUAUUGAGUCAAAAAGUGAUAACUUUGUGUAGAAGUAGUAUUUUGCUUUAUGAGCUAUGGAUUUUUUUUGAUUUUGGUUAUAUUAAAUUUGGCAUCAAUGGUAUUUGCAUAAGAUAGUUAAAGUUUAAAAUUAAUCUGGCAUGAGCAGGAUAGACCCAAUAGCCUUUGCCUCGUCUUGGAUUCAAACUCCAGUCUCCAUUGACUACACUGUAGAUCUGGAUUUCCUAUCUGAACCACCUAUAUCAAAGAUUAGCUAUCCCGGAGCCACAUCCUGAUAGCGUUACGAUAGUCCCAAUGAAGAGAAGGCAAAACCUGUCUAGUCUAACAGGAUUAGGAAACCUUUGGGGCUAUUUAUAUCGAAUUAUUAUUUUGCUAAUUAAAAUUAAAUUUUUGUUUUUCUUUCCAAAGGGAGUUAUUUUACCGAAAUUUAAUUCACAAUAUUUUGUUCCAAUUUAAAGCUGAAAAGUUAG